AUGGACAAGAUCAAAGCUCUCUUCAAGCGCAAGAAGGCCAAGGAGAGCAGCACUGCUGGUACGAAGACAGAGACCAAUGGCACUCCUGCUGCCGUUCCUAAGCCGACACCUACAGACACUGCCGCCGCGCCUUCGACCAGCGACCCGGCCGCUCCUCCUGCCGGCACUGCCCCGACCGAUGCUCAAGCGGUCGAUAAGCCAGCCGACCCUGCUCCGGUCAACACUCCUGCUGCCACGUAG